AACAGGCCGAUCUGUUGGUGAUGCUGUGACUCAAUGGUUUCUAAUAUCUCUGCAAUUUUUUUGGCCUUUGUCUUAGGGUAGCAAGAUGAUUACUGUAGCUCCAGGCAUCACGUCCACAUUCCAGGCCAAAGGAAGGAGAAGAAAGUUGGAGUUUAGGGGGAGCUUCAUUGACAUUUUUCCUUUUAUCAGGAAGGUCAGCGUCAACUUUUCCUCCAAGGACGCUGCGAUGAAAACAGAAGAGCCAACCCCAAGUCUUGGGCAGACCCUGGAGUGGCUGCGAAAGGAGCUGGCUGAGAUGCAAGUUCAAGACCAGAGACUCCUGCUCACACUGAGGCAUCUUCACAGUGUCCUGCAGGAGCUGCGCACUGAGAGUGCCCCCUGGGAGGACGCCAGGUCCAGCGGAGGGACGUCCCCCCGCAGAGCUCGAGCAGGCUCGGAAAGCAGGGGCCGCCCCCCCAUCUCCUCCCAGGGGCUCGCCCAGCUCCUCCAAGGGACAGACAGCAGACGAAGCUCCCUCCCUUAACUGGUCAGGCCUGACCCUGGUGCUUGAACCCUCCCACCACCUGUCCAAACUUUGUGAUGUUGCUGGGGGAGAGCACUACAAUGGGAGUCAGGGAGCCAGGGCUCUGGGUUCUUCUCUGCCCUCAUCCUCGGCGUGUCCCUAAACCCGUCACUCGACUCUUUUUCUGCUGUUCCUCAGGGGUUUUGGUGAGGCACAAAUAAGAUAUCAGAUGCGGACAUACUUCUUAAACACGCCUCUGGCCAGCUCAUGACAGCAAUCCUGCCCUCCGGCAUUUCCCCCCAAGGGGAUCAUCAGAACAAAGAACUCAGUGUGCGCCCAGGAUGUCUCGCGUUGCUAUGGUGAAAAACAGAGCCCCCGCCCCGCUCAUAGUGACUCAGCCAUUGUUUCCUGGCUUCCCGGCACACCGGCCCUUCCCUCUGUCUGAAAGCCAUAGGGCACCACUCUGGCCCGAGGGAUGGCCAUGUGACCAGGCCUGGCCAAUAAUAACUCACGAUCACCCUAACAACAUGACUGGCCAACCGGGGACCACGGGACUCAACAGAGCAGCCAAUCACAGCCCUUCUCUGGGAUCCCUCUCUGGAUGGUCUUGCCGCUGGAGUUGCAAAGCGGGGGACGGCCAAGGGCCACGUGCCGUGCCGGGUGAAGGACACCUGAGCGCAGUAGGAAAGAAAGAGAGGUGGAGGGAGGGCCACAGAGCUGGGCAGAGAGGAAGGUGCCAGCUCCUUUUAGUCCCUGGUUUCAGGCCCUAGUUUUGUGAGUUACUCCUGCAUUCUUUCCAUGACAGAAACCAGUAAAUCCCACCACCACCAUCCUCCACCACACACACCAAUUUGGUUUUGCCUAAGCUGACUUGAGGAGGGUUUCCCUCCAGGUCAACCGACACGAUCCUGAGGAACACAAUCCAGAUAUUUCAAGAAGCAAAGAGAAAUGCUGAAAAAGAAGGCACUUCGCUCACUCAGGGUUGGCAACAGCCCCGCGGCCGCAGACCAAGGUCUAUGAUGUGGCAGAACGCUCAGUUGUAUGGGGUGCUGGCCUCAUCACUUUGACAGAUUAUAUCUGCCUAUAAGAAAGACUUUAAAUAAGACAGCAGAAAAUUUAAAAGGUCUCAUGUUAAGAUGGCCCAAUUCUUGGGGCGCCUGGGUGGCUCAGUCGUUGGGUGUCUGCCUUCAGCUCAGGUCAUGGUGCCAGGACCCUGGGAUCGAGCCCCGCGUCGGGCUCCCUGCUCCAAGGGAAGCCUGCUUCUCCCUCUCCCUCUCCCCCUGCUUGUGUUCCCUCUCUCGCUGUGUCUCUCUCUGUCAAAUAAUAAAAAAAAAGAUGGCCCAGUUCUUGGUAGGACUUUUUAUUUUUGAAAAUCCACUUGCAUGUUGUUGGAAUAUCAUUAUUAUGGCUUUGAAAAAGUAAACCCAUUGUAUACAGAGGCAAAGGGGGAAGGUGUGUUAUAUGUACAAUGUUUAUAGUCAGACUAACCUGGGAUCUUAAUACAAUAUUUGAUAGUACAAAAAAUACUUGUCUAGCAACAGCUGAAUGCAUCAACAAAAUGUGGUACAUACAUAAAACAGAAUACCAGUCAGCCUUAAAAAGGAAGGAAAUUCUGGCAUGUGCUACAAAUGGGUGACUUUUGAAGACAUGAUGCUAAGUGACAUGAGCCAGUUACAGAAGGACACUGUAUGAUUCCAUUUACAUGAGGCACCUGGAGUAGUCAAAUCCGUAGAGACAGAGAGUAGAAGGGUGGCUGCCAGGAGCUUAGUGAGGGGGCAAUGGGGCGUUAGUAUCUAAAGGGUACAGAGUUUCAGUUUGGCAAGAUGAAAAAAGUUCUAUGGAUAAAUGCAGGUGGUGGUGGUAUAACAGUGUGAAUAUACUUGAUGCCACUGAACUGCAUGCUUUAAAAUGGUUAAAAUGGGGGCAUCUGAGUGGCUCAGUCGGUUAAGCACCUGCCUUCAGCUCAGGUCAUAAUCUCCAGGUCCUGGGAUGGAGCCCCGCUCAGUGGGAAGUCUGCUUCUCCCUCUCCCUCUGCCCCUCCCCCUGCUCAUGUGCACUCUCUCUCUCUCUCUCAAAUGAAUAAAUAAAAUCUUUUUAAGGAUGGUUAAAAUGGUAACGUUUACGUUUGUUGUAUUUUACCACAAUUAAAAAUAAAUACUUAAAAAAAAUACCUGUACUGUG